CAAAAUUCCACGUUUCAAAACGCAUUAAAAAACAACAAUAUUGCUGUUCAAUUUCCCCAUCUUACGACACACAAUUAGCAUGAAGAAUACUCAAUCAAAGAUCAAUUUAGAUUAUCCAGGAUUGGCAAUACCCAACCAUUCCUCAAAGAAGAAGACGUCGCUCCUCCUUCGUCAACCCAUUACCACCACAACCGGAGUUAUCCCCUCUUUUCCGGCCGGAUAUCCAGAUAAGUUCUUCCCGGAACCGGUCUCAUUCUCACAUCGACAUCCCACCAAACGGAUGCUGUUUGAAGCCCAAAUGAUGGAACUUGCCACGACAGGUUUUCUGCAAGUCGACGAUGUCACCGUUUUCUCGAGUGUUAGAAAAAACGCUUCAUGCACAAUUACCCAAUCUGACGGGAAAGUUUGCAUGUUAGCUCACAAAGUAUUGGCGACUCAUCUCCAACUUCCGCUCUACAAGGGGAAUCGUACCAUAAUUCAGAAUGGAUUCGUCGUCAAGAUCAAAAAUCUGAACGGUGCUUGCGUCCUGACCUUUAAGAGAAAGAGUAUUUACAAAUCUAACGAAACGGAUGUUCUCGACGUGUGGCUUGGAAAUCAGGUCGUUCCCGUGGGACAGGUCAGAAAACCAGCGUUGGUCAAUGAGUACACCGUGUAUGGGGAACUUGGUCAUCCCGCUUUCGUAAUUCAUAAAGCUCGACGCAUGACGGAUCCGAAAGAUUUAAAGAAAAAUUACAAAUAUAUCAUCCACACGGCAAAAGACAAGGAAAUUGUCGGCCAAGUUAAUUGUAACGGGAGGAAGGGGUUUGGUCCGAUUGUGACGAGUGGCGAGUAUCCGUGUCAUGUCGAAUUUCGGAGUGAAAUGACCAUCACGGAGAAAUCGCUUCUCAUGGGAGCUCUAUUUUUAAUUGCGUCCCGAUCGCAUUCCGGGAUUGAACGGGAGGAAGAGAAACUACGGGAAAAGCUCGACAUCGACCCUGACGAAGUCCUUCCUCCCCAAAGUGUCGUUGUCGAGAAGGGCUUGUGUCCGGUUGGAGGAGGAGCGACUAGUAGUAAUAUUACUUGAUUAAUUUGCAUGACAAAUUCCCAACAGCAGGAAGUGUCGACGUGUCAAAAUCCAAAAUUAACCUAGUAAUUAAUCAUCUAUGCAAGAAAUUGUUAUUUUAAGAGACUAUUCUGUAACAAUGUGCGAAUG